ACAGGCGAGGUGCCGAGACACGCUCCCGUCCCGCUCGGCAGCCACGGCCGGCAGCGGCAGGAGGGCAGCGGCGAUGCCGGAGGCAGGCAGCCCCCCGGGCUCGGGAAGCACGGCGCUGCUGGCCCUGUCGCUGGCGCUUGCAGGGUCUCUGGGCGGCGGGCAGCACUACGACUACUAUGGGUGGCAGCCCGAGAACCUGCCCCAUGGGCGCUUCUACGGGCGGGAGCCGCAGUGCCUCGACAUCCCGCCCGACAUGCAGCUCUGCCGCGACGUGGGCUACAAGCGCAUGCGGCUGCCCAACCUGCUGGAGCACGAGACCAUGGCAGAGGUCAAGCAGCAGGCUGGCAGCUGGGUGCCCCUGCUCGCCAAGCAGUGCCACACCGACACCCAGCUCUUCCUCUGCUCCCUCUUCGCCCCCGUCUGCCUCGACCGGCCCGUCUACCCCUGCCGCUCCCUCUGUGAGGUGGUACGUGACUCCUGUGCCCCUGUCAUGGAGUCCUACGGCUUCCCCUGGCCCGAGAUGCUGCACUGUGGCAAGUUCCCCUCUGACCACGAGCUCUGCAUUGCCGUCCAGUUUGGGAACAGCAAAGCCACUCCGCCACCAGUGUCCAAGAUCUGCACCCAGUGUGAGAUGGAGCACAAGGCGGAUGGCAUGAUGGAGCAGAUGUGCUCCAGUGACUUUGUGGUGAAGAUGCGCAUCAAGGAGAUGACGGAGGAGAACGGGGAGCGGCGCCUGGUGGCUGCCCAGAAGAAGAAGGUGCUGAAGCUGGGCCCGCUCAAACGCAAGGACACCAAGAAGAUGGUGCUGCACAUGAGGAACGCAGGUGCCUGCCCCUGCCCCCAGCUGGACAGCCUCAGUGGCAGCUUCCUGGUGAUGGGCCGCAAGGUGGGCGGCCGCCUGCUCCUCCUGGCCAUCUACCCCUGGCAGAAGCACAACAAGGAGAUGAAGUUCGCAGUCAAGUUCAUGUUCUCCUAUCCUUGCCCCCUCUACCACCCCUUGCUCUAUGGGGCUGGGCAGCACUAGCACUCUACCCACCAUACCCUCCCCCAGGACUCCUGCAGUGGCCCAAAACCACAUCCCUGGCAUCCCUAGCUGCACCCCAGGAUCCCAGCUCUGCUCACCUCAGCCUCUUGGCUGUGCCCCAGAACCCUGCUCUGCAUCCCUAGGAUUCCCAGCUGCAUUUGUGGGAGCCUUGAUCCACAGCCAGGACCCCUGCCUCCUCCUGAGAGCCUUUUUCUGCACCCUUGGGACCCCUGUUCUGCUCCCAGGACCCCUGCCCACAGCCAGGAGUUUAGGCUGAACCCAGGACC